GUUUUGCUCAGGUUGCUCAGCAGGGGGAUCCGGAGGUGAUCCCAGUCCCCUUCACCAAACCCGGAUUACGACCUAUCACUAUAAUAAUAUUCGAUAAGGAAAAGGGUUUCUAUACCUAUUCCUUAUCCCAAAUCAAAUUCCCAUAUCCCAAAUUCCCAAAUCAAAUUCACAAAUUCCCAAAUCCCUAAUAUUUCCAAAUCGAAGAAAUUUUCUUGCUGUUGGGUUUUCGUUUUUGUGGUAAUUGAGUUCUCAAAGAAAAAGGAAAAAGAUUCUUAUGGCAUUGAAGGACACGUUCUACCUAUCGCACGGAUCCCCCACGCUCAGCAUCGACGAGUCGAUUCCGGCCAGAAAAUUCCUCCAGUCUUGGAAGGACACGGUCUAUCCUCACAAACCCACCUCCAUUCUCAUCAUCUCAGGACACUGGGAGACCGCUGUCCCCACCGUUAACUCCAUUUCCGGCCGCCACGACACCAUCUACGACUUCUACGGCUUCCCCAAAUCCAUGUACCAGAUCAAGUACCCUGCCCCCGGCUCGCCCCACCUCUCUAACCGCGUCAAGCAGCUGCUUACGUCGUCCAGCUUCGGCCCCGCGGAUGUGGACGGUAAGCGGGGGCUCGACCACGGCGCAUGGGUCCCGCUCAUGUUGAUGUACCCGGAGGGAGACGUACCGGUUUGCCAGUUGUCGGUUCAGACAGAGAGGGACGCCACCUACCACUACAACAUGGGGAGGGCGCUGGCUCCCCUUAAGGAGGAGGGCGUCCUUAUAGUGGGGUCAGGCAGCGCCACUCACAACUUAAGGGCGUUGAAGAGGGAGACAAAGAGCAAUGGAUGUGCCGUCCCUUGGGCUCUCGAGUUUGACACAUGGAUCAAGGAAGCUCUUCUGGAAGGAAGGUACGAGGAUGUGAACGAGUAUGUGGAGAAGGCGCCGCAUGCGAAAAUGGCGCACCCUUGGCCGGAUCACUUUUACCCGCUGCAUGUAGCGGUGGGGGCUGCUGGUCCGGAUGCAAAGGCUAAGCAAAUCCACGACAGCUGGGGGCUCGGUGCUCUUUCGUAUGCCUCCUAUCAGUUUACAUCGCCUUGAACUUAGAACUUGCAGCGCUGCCAGUUGAAGAUUGUAAUAGUGCAUGUGUCUGCCGACGCUGCUCCCGCAGGUCAAGCAUGUCAAUAAAACUGUUGUGGAUGAAUGAUUGUGUAUUAGUGAAUAUUAUGUAAAGUGUGCAAGUGAGAUGUGCUUCUCCUUUAAUUGUGGGUGAAUCUUAAUAUCACUCAAUGGCCUUUGGGAUUUCUGCUUAAUUUUAUUGAGAAGAAACCAAAACUUUUGCUCC